CAAAAUCCUUCCUUGGUCUCCUGGGCCCGGGACUCCGACCUGGGGAGGGGCGCGGUGCCCGGUCGCCCCCCGCGCGCUGUGAGAUGUCAGAGCUGCCGGAAGAUCAGAGUCACGCGGUCUGCGCCUUUUCCUAGUCUCACACGCCAGGCUUACCUGAUUGCAACGCUGGACGGAAGCGAGGAGCCGGGAAACUGUGGCGAGACGCCCCCAGCGGAGACCGUCCGCAGCCCCCGCUGCACAUGUGUCCACGCCUUGCUGCGGACGGCACGUCGUUCUCACCGGCGGCUGCCCUCGAGGAAAGGGACCGAGCGCGCAGACCGGGCUCCGGGUACCUGCAGCCCCUCCAGCCGCCCUGCCGCGCCUUCCCGCCGGACAAGAGACGCUCUCCGGAGCCCGCCUCGGCAGCGCCUGCCAGAGAAGCCCCAUCCGGCGCCCUUAGCCAUGGCCAGGCGCUGAGAGCAUCCGCGGGAGCACCCCUCCAUCGCACCUCCCGGGCUCGAGGUGGCCUUCGGGGGCCCAGCGGCUUCUGACCUUCUUCUUGUGAUGGAGGAUUCGGGCAUCCAGCGAGGCCUCUGGGAUGGAGAUGCCAAGGCUGUGCAGCAGUGUCUGACAGAUAUUUUUACCAGCGUCUACACCACCUGUGACAUCCCCGAGAAUGCCAUAUUUGGGCCCUGCGUCCUAAGCCACACGUCCCUGUAUGACAGCAUAGCUUUCAUAGCGCUCAAGUCCACGGACAAGAGAACAGUCCCUUAUAUCUUCCGGGUGGACACCUCUGCGGCCAACGGUUCCUCAGAAGGUCUCAUGUGGCUGCGGCUUGUCCAGUCUGCCCGAGAUAAAGAGGAGCAGAACCUUGAAGCCUAUAUCAAAAACGGACAGCUGUUUUACCGCUCUCUCCGCAGGAUUGCCAAAGACGAGGAGUUACUAGUUUGGUACGGGAAAGAACUGACUGAGUUACUCUUGCUCUGCCCCUCUCGACCCCACAGCAAGAUGAAUGCGGGGUCGUCCCCUUACACAUGCCUGGAAUGCAGCCAGCGCUUCCAGUUCGAGUUCCCCUACGUGGCGCAUCUGCGCUUCCGCUGCCCCAAGAGGCUGCACAGCGCCGAUCUGAGCCCCCCCGACGAGCAAGGCGGCGGCGGCGGCGGCGGCGUCGUGGGCACCAAGGACCACGGGGGCGGCGGCGGUGCCAAAGACCCGCAGCCACCGCGGCAAGACGCCUCCCUGGGCCCGGGCCCCAAGUUCUGCAAAGCCGGCCCCAUCCACCACUACCCGGCGGCCUCCCCCGAGGGCGCCAACCCGCCCCCCGUCGGCGGCGGCGCUAAACCCUCCACGGACUUCCACAAUCUGGCCCGGGAGCUGGAGAACUCGGGCGGCGGCCGCAGCUGCUCCCCGGGCCGGAGCCUGGGCGGCGGCGGCGGCGGCGGCGGCGGCGGCCACCAGGAGGCGGAGCUGAGCCCCGACGGCCACGCGGCGGGCGGCGGCAAAGGGAAGAGGAAAUUCCCGGACGAGGCGGCCGAGGGCGGCGGCGGCGGCGGCGGCGGCGCGGGGCUGGUGGCGGGCCGGAGCCGCUUCUCGGAGCGGCCGCUGCCCGUGCCCAAGGAGGACCUGGUGUGCACGCCGCAGCAGCAGUACCGCGCGCCCGGCAGCUACUUCGGCCUGGACGACGGCGGCCGCCUGUUCGCGCCGCCCAGCCCCGAGACGGGCGAGGCCAAGCGCAGCGCCUUCGUGGAGGUGAAGAAGGCGGCGGCGCGCGCGGCGGGCUUGCAGGAGGAGGCGGCGGCGGCGGCCGACGGCGGGGGCGCCGACGAGCAGGACGCGGGCGGCGGCGGCGGCGGCGGCGGGGGCGGCGGGGGCUCGUCCACUCCGGUGGCGGCGUCCCCGCGGCCCGGGGCCCCGCUGUCCGGCCGGCUGGAGGGCGGCAGCCCGGCGCGGGGCAGCGCCUUCACGUCGGUGCCGCAGCUGGGCGGCGCGGGCGGCGCGGGCGGCGCGGCGGGCGCGGGGGGCGCGGGGGGCGCGGCGGGCGCCGGACCCGGCGCGGCGGCGUCGGACGAGCGCAAAAGCGCCUUCUCGCAGCCCGCGCGCUCCUUCGCGCAGCUGCCGCCGCUGGUGCUGGGCCAGAAGCUGGGCGCGCUGGAGCCCUGCCACCCCCCCGACGGCGUGGGGCCCGCCAGGCUCUACCCCGCCGCCGCCGCCGCCGCCGCCGCCGACCCGCUGGCCGUGAAGCUGCAGGGCGCGGCCGAGCUGGGCGCGGGCUGCGGGGGGCUGCCCAAGCAGAGCCCCUUCCUCUACGCCACCGCCUUCUGGCCCAAGAGCUCGGCGGCCGCGGCGGCGGCGGCGGCGGCGGCGGCCGCGGGACCCCUGCAGCUGCAGCUGCCGUCGGCGCUCACCCUGCUGCCGCCCUCCUUCACGUCGCUGUGUCUGCCCGCGCAGAACUGGUGCGCCAAGUGCAACGCCUCGUUCCGCAUGACGUCCGACCUGGUGUACCACAUGCGCUCGCACCACAAAAAGGAGUACGCCAUGGAGCCCCUGGUGAAGCGGCGGCGGGAGGAGAAACUCAAGUGCCCCAUUUGCAACGAGUCCUUCAGGGAGCGCCACCACCUGUCCAGGCACAUGACCUCGCAUAACUGACGCCGGAGGGCUCCCCGCUCUCCUCCCCGCAGCCCCCCUGCACCGCCCCGCCCAGCCACCUGCAGGAAUAGACACGCGAGGACGCCCACCGCCUCCCUGUGACCUGAACCGCGUGCAAACGCACACACGCACACACACACACACAUAUAUACACACGCGCACACGCUCACGCACGCACACAUAUACACGCGCAUACCCACACAUGCACACGCGCACGCACACAUACGCGUACACACAAGCACGCACAUGCGUUCACACACAAGCACGCACACAUACAUACGCGCCCGCACACACAUACACACAUUCAAGUGCAUGCACACACAUACACAGCACACACACGCACACAUACACACGCGCACGCACACACGCACCCACACACACGACAGGCUGGUGGAUUUUAGAUUAGGUGGGUUGUUUGAGGCAUUUUUCUUUUUGUUUUCGAAUGCACGCAUUUUCACUUUCCCAAAAACAAAAGUACAUUUUUUAAAAUGUCAUAUAUUGCAGCAUAUUGAUGCAUUUGUCAUACGUUUCUACUUAAAUUAUUAAGCACUUACGGUUUAGAUGUAAUAAUUAUAUGUAAGGGCAAAAUUUAUUUUAGAUAUAAAGGAGGGUGAGAUGCUUUCUGCAUUUCUUGAGGACAGUUUGCGUUCUUACAAAAAAGAAAACAAAUAAAAAAGGGUCACCAUUCAAUUUAAGUUUCCAGGGAGAAGUGCAUGUAUCAUGAAAUGAUUAUGGACUUCAAUGAAGAAUGUCAUCAUUAUGUAAAUAUGUAUUUCCUUUUAAUACAAAGUGUAAUUUUGUGCCCGUGAAAUGGAGUCUGAAUAGUUAUGUGUUUCUUUUAUCCCUGGAAAGAUUUAUUAAACUUUAUAGAUUAUCCGGGUAUGUUGGAUGCUUUGACAAUAAAUGACUAUUUUCAUCAGA